CAGGACAAUGGCUGGAGCAUCUGAAUUCCAGCCCUGCGUGAGUGAGUGUGUGUGUGCCGAGGCUUCUGUGCACAAUCACAUUGAGUUGUGGCACACAAUACUCGUGUGCGUCACGUGUGUAAUACUGGAAAUGGAUUCCAAGUUUUCUUUUGCAUCAAGGAAGGGUGCCGGAUACUUCUUUCGCCAUCCAGAAGCAUGGAAGUAUAAGUUCGAUGCCGGCAUUUGAAUUUCAGAGCAGUGCCUCAGCCGAUCAGAAGCGUCGUCAGGCGCUGCGAGGACUAAUUCCUGUUGAGACUGUUGCAUUCGAAUUCGCAACCAGUCCACUGUGCUGCUGGUUUGAGGUUUGGGCUGUUUCGAGACUGGUGCGGGAGAGGUGGUGGCAACGGGAGUCAUGAAUGGUCUGAUUCCAACCCCGGUUGCACAUACUACGAUGAUCUUCUCACACCAGCAAACGAAGCAUGUUGGAAGUUCCAAGCUGCCUAUUUUGCGACAGAAUGAGAGCAGUGGUGCAGUGGAGUUACAAGGGGAUUUCCGGAAGCAGCCGGGGCAGCUGUUUCUGAGGAACGGUUCCAGCAUUGAGAGGCGUGGGCGCUCGAAGCACCGCAGUAGAGUCAAUGUGAGUGCGAUCGAUGCCGCCCAGCCAUUUGAUUUCGAGUCGAUGAGGUCGCAAGAGCUGGAGAAGAGCACCCCACUUAAAGUCGGAAUCGUGGGGUUCGGGAACUUCGGUCAGUUUUUGGCGGAGAGGAUUGUGAAGCAAGGGCACACGGUUCUGGCCCACUCUAGAAGAGAUUACAGCGAGAAGGCGCGGGCAUUGGGUGUGUCAUUUUUUAGAGACCCGGAUGAUUUUUGUGAGGAGCAUCCUGAGGUCGUGCUUCUGUGCACCUCCAUACUGUCAACCGAGGCCGUUUUACAAUCACUUCCCCUGCAACGGCUCAGGCGCCACACCCUGUUUGUCGAUGUGCUCUCCGUGAAGGAAUUUCCGAAGAAUCUCUUUCUUCAGGUAUUGCCCCCUGAAUUCGAUAUACUCUGCGCCCAUCCUAUGUUUGGCCCUGAAAGUGGCAAGGGAAGUUGGGCUGGAUUGCCAUUUGUCUUCGACAAGGUUCGCGUCAGUAAUGGACGGCGAUCGAGAGUCGCUGACAAGUUCCUGGACAUUUUCUCGAAAGAGGGCUGUCGCAUGGUGGAGAUGUCUUGUGCGGAACACGAUCGGUUUGCAGCAGGCAGCCAGUUUGUCACCCACACCGUUGGCAGAGUAUUGGGGAAGCUCGGGUUGCAGUCAACGUCGAUCAACACCAAGGGUUACGAGACACUUCUUGGACUUGUACAAAACACAUCGAAUGAUAGCUUCGAACUUUACUAUGGAUUAUUCAUGUACAACCCGAAUGCUACUGAGGAGUUAGAGCGGCUGGAAAUAGCUUUCCACUCCGUCAAGAGACAACUGUUCGGGCAACUUCAUGAUAGAUUUCGGAAACAGCUAUUUAGUGACUCAAGUGCACCCAGAGCCUCUAUCCCACAAGACUCUGCAGACCUAUCAAAGAAUGGAAGCUCUCAACCCAAAGCCCCUUCGAACAACGUGUCCAGAGUCUACAACAAUACUGACAUUAUUUCUUCUUCGAAUGGGAUUUCCAGAAUCGCCAAGAGCACCGACACUUCUACCUCCUCUAUUGAAUUAGAGCUGAGAAAGACCAUCGGACUAAACAAAGAUUCGUAUUCAGUUUCAACGGUCCUGAAGUAAUAAGGCUAGUCUCCAAUCUAGAGCCUUCGCGAGAUGUAUCAUACAUCAUUUGUAAGUAGUUAGGUCCACUUAUAGUUCUAGAAAAAAAAUUGCCAGAUGGAGGCAAACUAAACAGGGGGCAAUCUUCAUCUGGUUGCAGUGGAGUGGCUCCUGUAAUUUUGAUCUGCAAUUUCACAAUCUUUGAUUAAAGACGACAGAAAAACAAGCUGCAUUGGACCCAACUUUUAAAACGAGGAUUUUUUCAUCGUAG